UGCGUUCUGUGGCCAUUGACCUGCAGCUCAUCGUUGUUGGACGCCCGCUUUGUUUGUUCAGCCUUCAUCUUCCUGACAGAGACGAAGACGAGAACAGACACCAUGACGACUGAAUACCACGACGAAGUUGAGGACGACAGCAACUCCUUCUGGAACAAAGAGCCCCGUCCCGUCUCCUUCUCAGGUGUCCCCAGGUUCAGACGCUGGUUGUAUCCAGGCCUGGGGGUCUCUUUCGUCCUGAUAUUCAUCAUAGCAGUUGGAGUCACCAACACCAACACGCUGCGACGGCUGUGGUCUGUGGAGAAAACUGUGUCCAACCAGACGGAGUGGCUGACCUCCACCCUGCAGCUCACUAAAGACACAACUAAAGAUGUUCAGAGGCUGAAGUUCUCUGUGGAGAGCAACAAGGACCAGCUGACCUCAGUGUCUGAAGGCCUGAAGCAGCUCUCGGCUCUGGACACCAUCGGCAGGACGGUCGCCAAGCUUAAAUGUACCCUGGAACGCUACAUGAACAAUGGUUCAGUCUCUUACGGCUGCUGUCCCCUUGGUUGGGAGAGUUUCAGCACCAGCUGUUACUUCUUCAGUAGGACCUCUCUGUCCUGGCACGAGGCUCGGGACUGGUGUAAUGGACAUGAGUCUCACCUGGUCAUACUAAUGGGUGAUGAAGAAUGGGACUUUGUGACCCGUCAUUCUGCAGGUACUUUCUACUGGGUGGGUCUGACGGAUGAGAAGUCAGGAAGGUGGGAGUGGGUCAAUCAGACGCCGUAUGUCAUGAACCGCAGACGAUGGAAACCCGGGCAGCCCGACAGCUGGACCGGUCAUGGUCUCGGUGCUGGAGAUGAAGACUGCGCUCACAUUCACAACGAUGGCCGGCUCAACGACCUGCACUGCUCACCAGGCUGCGCUACAUCUGUCAGAGACACAGUCAGCGCAGCUGAACACCUGUAGCCAGAUCUGCUGCCCCCUACUGAUGAGGAACAGUAUGAACCCAACAGACCAGGCUGGCGACUCUUGGUGUGGCCCUUAGUUCUACAUGUUCAGUUUUAUCGGUCAACCCAGUUUCUAACUAGGACACACCAGAUUGGACAGAUGUCCCAGUUUAACAACGUUCUCCUUGUUUAAGAUGUUUUUUGUUCAUUUGUCAAAUAAAAACGAUCAGACUUUA